AUGUGCAAUCUCACCAGAAGUCAACUCCCCAAGCCGGUUCCUGACGAACAGUGCCUACUGGGUGGUCUCAGCGAGCUAUCUGAAAUCUGGAUCCAUGAGCCAUUCCUCCAGGCAGAGAACGCUCUAGAAGCGGGCUUGGAAAGCUGGGUUCUUGCCCAUGUCUCCGUUCAGAUGGAUAGCCUUCGGGACACCCUGAGAAGAACGAGCCUCGUCUACGGUAUCUACCACCAGAAGCUCAUUUACUUGAAAAAUGUACUUCCCGUUCGCGGCCAUGCCGAAAAGACUCGAUGUGGACGCCAAUAUCGAAUUAAAUUAUCCCGACGCCUGACUUUGAGGGGUGAUGGUUCCGGGGAAAAUCCGAAAAUCCCAAAAGGGUGGGUAGAUGAGGCUGACGAUGCCGCAAUAUUUCGAUUUACGCAGAUACCCCUCGAUUUAUCUUAG